UGAACUGGGCCAGAAACGUGUUUUGUCCUGGUUAAUUGUUGACAUUUUGCCUUUACUUGAGAGUCAGCGUAGAAGAAAGCAGGAGUCACGGGGAGAGAGAUGAGUUUGACGAACAACGAAGGCCCACUGCAGGAAAUGAACUGUGGACGUACAAAAUAAACAAAUGAGAAGAGAAAAUAAAUUUGCUGCACGUGAAGUAACUUUCUGUGCAUCUUUCAACGUGACACAACGGGCAAGUUUAUUUGUUUAAUCUCUGAAUCAAGCCUUCACACAAAAUCACUUCCUCUCUCUCUGACAAAAACAUAAUGCAGAAAAUAGAAAAGGAAGUGAUGCCUCCGUUUCAUCACAGGAGGCUGCUUCCUCAGACAGAAAGAAGUUCGGCAUUAGACACGACAGAGUGAACAGAAUGUCUGCUUUCAGAACGAUUCAGAUUCUCAUGCUGCUUCAUUUGACAGUUUUCUUCACAGCUGUAACCAGUCAAUACUCGGCUUUCGUCGUCAGAGACGGAGACGACAACACUUUGCCUUGUGAAAAUGUGGUGUCCAAUCGGAGAGGAUGUAAAAACACAAAGUGGCUCUUCAGAGAUGCAAGAAACACACCAGCGGUAGAGCUUGUUGUAUUUGGAAAGAUCGCUGAAAGCUCCAGAUCGGACAGACUGAGGGUCACAAGGAAUUGUUCUUUGGUUAUAAAGAAGGUCACAGCCGAGGAUGUUGGUCGUUACACCUGCAGACAGUUCGAGUCAGGACGACAACGAGGUGGAGAUGCUCACGUUUAUCUGUCUGUUGUUACCUUAUCUCUGCCAGGCCGCGAAUUUGAGGACAAGGACACGGUGACGGUGUCCUGCUCUGUGCUGACAUACGCCUGGUGUACACAGAGACUGAAGUGGCUGUUUAAGGGUGAAGAUGUGGACGGCAGAGACGUGAAGACAUCACAGUCUUACUGCUCGGCCAACGUGACCUUUAGGACUUCUCAUGAGAUUCGAACGUCAUUGUACGAAUCUCUCGCGUGUCAAGCGACUGAUAUCUUCACUGGAGACGUGAAGCAGUUUGCUUUCAGGCUUCAGCCCUCAGGUGAGAAUCUGAUGAGCUGUUGUAGAUCCACAUUUGUUGAGUUUGGAGUUUUGUGUUAUUCUUUCUCAUUUAGUUACUGCAAACGGCAGACACGAAGACUUUUUUUUUCAGGUGAGGAUGCAACAACGAAAGAAAAUACAAACACAUCAUCUGCAAACAAUGGCACCGCAGAAACACAAGGUUGGUGGAGACUGAUCAUCGUGUCUGUGGGUUUAACGUCACUCAUAAUAACUGUUUUGACGGUUAACAUGUGGACGAGAGCUAAAGGUGCACAAUGAUGAAGCUGAUGGUACAGUGAGCGAUGAAAACGUGGGAGACCUCCAUAACUCCAUCAGACUCCACAGAUAAAAACAGACCUCAUUCAUAUUGGACUUGUGUUCAGACUUGGUUUAAAGGAACUGCUUUCGUCGGACUGCAGGCGAGAUUCACUUUGGCACGUUUGUCUGUCAAUUUGUCGCAGAAUUAACAUUAAAGAACAGCAGCCGAUAUGAACUGAAACUUGUCAUUUCUAUGUUGCCAAAGCCACAGGCAGCUAAUAACAAGAAACUGCUACCUGAAUGUUUCACAGCCUGCUUUUAUAAUACAUGACAGCGACCCUCCGUCAACACCACCUGUUAUGUUCCAAAUGUGUUUGGCUUCAGUGAGACUGGAUGUUAUUCAACUUUAUUCAACUAAUAAUCUCUAAGCCCUAAUGCAGUCAGUAUGAGUCUUCUCUUUAUUCUAAUGAAAAGAAACUUCAUCUGCAAAUAAAGUAAAGUUCACAAC